UUCUUCAACGAGAAGUCCACUUUAUCCUCAAUAAUGUGAAAAGCUACUUUAUCACUCAUUCCCCUUGCCCUUUUCGCUAUUUCCCAGAAUUCUCUUGGCUCCUAUAAAGCAUUUGGAGCUGCCACGUCCAAGUUAGCGAGGAGAAGAAGAAGCAGUAGUAGUGUCGUAUGCUUCUACUAUUCGGGCAAUUUGUGAUUUUGGGGAAGUGUUGAGCUGAGUUCAGGAUGGGAAUUUGCUGGGGUGUUCCGUCUAAAGAGUAUAUUUAUUCUGGCAACGCCGAGACUUCCGCAUCAGAGGGGACAUCAAAUUACCACAGCAACGACAAACGGUUCUCUGCAACAAGCAGCGGCGUCGGUAGUGGCAAGUUCUCAGAGGCGGCGAGCGCGAGCCCGAGCCCGGACGGGGCAGAUCUGAAUGGGGAGAUUCUGGAGACGCCCAACUUGAAGGUCUACAGCUUUUCUGACUUGAAAAGUGCUACUAAGAACUUCAAGUCUGAUAAUUUAUUGGGCGAGGGUGGUUUUGGUAAGGUCUUCAAGGGCUGGGUGGAUGAAAAGACACUCGCACCUUCGAAGAUGGGGAGUGGAAUGGUUGUUGCCAUCAAGAAACUGAACCCAGAGAGUGUGCAAGGUUUCGAUGAGUGGCAGUCGGAGGUGAACUUUCUUGGAAGGCUUUCGCAUCCCAAUCUAGUGAAAUUAUUGGGAUACUGUUGGGAGGAGAAAGAGCUGCUCCUUGUCUAUGAAUUCAUUCAGAAAGGCAGUUUGGAAAAUCAUCUCUUCAGAAGGAAUCCUGCUAUUGAGCCCCUUUCUUGGGAUAGACGACUCAAAAUAGCUAUCGGAGCAGCUCGUGGCUUGGCUUUCCUGCAUACUUCAGAGAAGAAAAUCAUUUACAGAGAUUUUAAGGCCUCGAACAUACUGCUUGAUUGGCACUAUAAUGCGAAAAUAGCUGAUUUUGGCUUGGCAAAGUUAGGACCUUCUGCGGGCGAGUCGCAUGUGACUACCAGAAUUAUGGGGACAUAUGGUUAUGCUGCUCCAGAGUACGUAGCAACAGGCCAUUUGUACGUGAAGAGUGAUGUGUACGGCUUCGGUGUGGUCCUACUAGAAUUUUUGACCGGCAUGCGGGCACUUGAUAUGAAGCGUCCUAGUGAGCAGCAAAAUUUGGUGGAUUGGACCAAGCCAAUUCUAUCUCAAAGAGGAAAGCUGAAGAAUCUUAUAGAUCCCCGGAUGGAGGGCCAGUAUUCCUUUAAGGCGGCGUUACAAACCGCUCAACUCAUUCUAAAAUGCCUAUUUACUGAACCAAGACAUCGGCCCUCCAUGACAGAGGUGGUGGAGACUUUGGAACGGAUUGAAUCGAUCAAGGUUAAACGAAAGCAACCCCCAAUAUGUUCUCAUUCCUCGGCUAAUCGUCACCUUUUCAUCCACGACGUCAUGGAACUGUAUCAUGAGCUUGGAACUUGUCACAACGUGGCAAUAACAAAGCAAUGGAUGAUUCAACAACGUUGACAUCCACGUUUUUUGGUUUGUUGUACAACAGUCAGAUUCUUUCUAAAGCUGUCCUUAGGUCACAACCAUUUCUUUUAGUCACAGCAUUUGCCUUCAAAAAAGGCUGGAAUGAUUAGAAUGUACAAGCAUUUUCUUCUUCUUUUCUCUGGUGUGAUUGGAAAUUAUGAUGUAUGGCCUAUUCUUUUGUAGUCGACCGUGAAUGGAGAAAUAACAAAGUUUUUU